UGUGUGUGCGGACUGUGCGGUUGUUCAGUUAUUGUGUGUGUAACUCUCGUUUCGAACGUUUUCGCGCCGCUAGCGAAAUAAAUAAUAAAAUAAACGUUUUGAACUAUUGUGAUUUGGAAUUUCGUGAGUUUUCUUUCAGGCGUCCCAUAAUGCAGCGAUAGCAACCAGAUGGCUCAUAAAACAGUGACUCCAACUAAAAGAAAAAACAAAAAUGCCAAGUGAAAGUUCCGAUUUCAAAAGUGUAGUGAUGUGCUGACGUUAUCGAUAUUUGUCACGAUGGAUUUGGAUAAUCUGACUGUGGUGGUGAACUCGACGGCGACGAUCUCUUAUCCGAGAGAGGCGACCAUUUUGGCGGCCGUGUGUGCGUGUAUCUUCAGUGUGGUAGGGGUUGUUGGCAACUUCGUCACAACAGUGGCCCUCCUCAUGCACCCGAAACUCCGGACCCACGUCACUACCAUGUUCGUGCUCUCCCUCUGCGUGUCAGAUCUGAUGUUCUGCGCAAUAAACCUCCCACUGACGGCGAGGAGGUUCAUACGAGCAGAUUGGGGGUUGGGCGAGCAGCUAUGUCAGAUGUUCGCUUUCGUGUUCUAUGGGAAUGAAGCAGUUUCUUUGCUGUCAAUGGUGGCUAUUACUAUAAACAGAUACACUCUGAUCGCGUACUACGAUAUGUAUGCGUCCAUCUACACUACGACCAAGAUCUGGGUGCAGUUACUACUCAUCUGGCUCGUGUCCUUCGGCCUCAUGGUACCCCCACUGCUGGGCAUCUGGGGCACUUUGGGCCUGGACAAAAAAACCUUCUCCUGCACAAUUCUCUCCGACAAGGCCGGACACUCUCCUAAAAAGUAUCUGUUUGUCUUUGGUUUCGCGCUGCCGUGUCUGGUGAUCAUUGUGUCCUACUCUUGCAUAUACUGGCGAGUGCGGGAGAGUAAGAGAAAGCUGGAGGGCCGCAGGUGUGUAUGUGGCAAACUCAGCGGCCAAACAGCCAAAGAAAAAGAAGAAGACUCCCGCCUAACAACUCUAAUGCUGACCAUUUUCCUCUGUUUCCUCGCCUGCUUCCUACCAUUAAUGAUCAUGAACGUAGCAGACGACAGCAUAAAAUACCCAUGGCUUCAUAUAAUAGCCUCCAUUCUCGCCUGGGCGUCGAGUGUGAUCAACCCUUUAAUAUACGCAGCGACCAAUAGACAAUAUAGAGCGGCGUACGGUAACCUUCUAAAGUUUUGCAAGACCAAUCCGGUCAUGCGGAGGACGACUUUGGGAAGUCGGACGGUGGGGCAUUCCUCUAAUUCGCCGCAUUAUGUGGAGAAGAGAAAUCCGACGAGGUUAUGAAUUGUUUUUUGUGGUUUUGGUAGAAUCUCAAUGUUUUAAUAUGUCUUCUAUAUAAGAAGAACCCGCGAAGUUUCAAUCUCCCAUAGUAAUGGGUUCUUCUCAAAAAUUGGUUUGCUAUAACUACGAACUUGUAACAGUAGUUGGACUAAUAAGUAAGUUCUAUUAGAAAUUCUAAUAGACCCUCCCAACACCGCACUCAUCUGGAUUCAGAUCUAAAUGUCUGAAUUAAAUCAGAUCUUAUUAUCUGAGGUUCGAAUAAAUAUCUGGAUGAUUAAAGCGCUUCACACAUCUUACAUAAUUCAAAAUACUAAAUAGUAAAGGUGUUACAGAUUACAUUAAUCGGUAACACCUUAACGGUAACGGUACCUAGGAGCAUUUUUUUAGGAUCCUAGUUAGAAAUGUUAGAAUGGCAGUUAGAACGACUGAAUUAAGUAACGUAAAGUAUGUGAAGUGUUUAAAUCCUGCAUAUAAGUGCAUAUUCGAUGCAGACGAACCUUUUUUAUCGUAAACUUGUAAAUAGUUGUUAAUAAUGUAAAUACUUACACUUAAAAUAAACGUAAUAUAAAAGUUUUAGUAAACAGUCUAUCAGUUCACCCUAGGCCACCAACAAAAUUGACCUUUAGAAUGACGUUUUACGAUUAUAUGUAUGCUUAACGUCACUUUGACAAUACGCGUGUGGCACCCCGGGGAUCACAGGAACCGCUGACCGUCAGGCGGUCUAUACACUCGGUUGCCACCAACAUAGUACCUAUUGCUGAUAGUAUAAAAAAAUAUAGAUAAACAUAUUUCAGGCUUUGACCGGUUUUGUGGUGGCCUAGGGUUUAAGUUUUUUUUACUGUCCCUUCACAUAAUUUACCAGUGCUUUUACCAAAGUUAAGCAAAUAUCCAGUAAUCAUUAAGAACACAAAUUCUAACAUUCCCUCUUUUAGAAGUUAGAUAAUUUUGCAUUUGUUUUAUGCCUUAUUUAUAGAGCUACCUAUCAGAUUAUGAAGUAGGUACCCAGGUAAUAUAUUCUUUGGUACCUAGGCACAGUUACCUCUCCUCCUCGGUACCUCAGAGCUGCAAAGUUUCAUGGACACAUUACGAGUGGAAUUCAUUCAUAAAAUGGCAUACCGGCCAGACUAUGAAGAAUAAAUCUGUCCAAAAAAAUAAAAAAGUUUUGAAAUAAUAAAAUGAAAUAAGAAAUCCCGUUACGGAAACCGUGUACCUAACUUGUAACGAACACUUACAUAAUAUGUACAUUCUCAAUGUAAAGGGGCCUCCAGACGGGCUACACUUUUGUUGAAAUAUGUGGCUACAAUAUUGCCAAAUAUAUCUCAGCAAUACGAAAAACAUUUUAUUGCAGCAUAUGGCUGGAAAAUGUAUAUCUCGGCAAUAUUUAAGCAAAAUAUUUCAGUAUGCAAUAUUUCAUUAUUUUGUCUUUACAUGGGCUACAUAUAUGGCUAGUAUGGCUACAAUGGCUGACGAACUAGUAGGCGUUGUACAAAUGAUAUGGCGUCAAAGGCAAACCAUUUUACGGGCUUUCCACAAGCGCUGCCACUUUUCUUUUUUUUUUCCUCGUUCUUGGCGUAUGUCCUCAAACUUCUAAAUUUUUUGUACGCCUCCUCACUUGAUAUACCAAAUUUUUGGGCAACAUCUGCCCACCCAUCUUUCUUAGCGUUUCGAUCCUUGUAUAUUCCGCAUUCCACGUUCCACAAUUGCGGGUACAAAUGCACUUCAUUGAUAAAAUCAAUAAUUUUUGCGUUUGACCAUGUUCCACUCAUUUUGAUACGUACCUAACCUCAAACCGCGAACCAAACAACAACAAACACACUUCACGUAGCAUGAAAAAAGGACGCACUUAUGCCGUAUAGUGAGACAGCAAUAAGAAAUAUUGCAGUAUUUUCGAUUGCAAAGCGAUUUUACCGGCAAUAUGGCUGGGACCCUAAACAUUCAUCGGCCACACUAAAAAUAUAUCACAAUAUAUCCCGGCCAUACUAAAAAUAUUGUCGAGUAUUGCAUUGUCUGGCCGUAAAUGCUGGCUGAUGCUACCAGCCACACUGUUGCAGCCACACAUUUUCGUGAAACUAUGGCCCGUCUGGGGGCCUCUUAAUUUGUAUAAAAAUAUAAAAUGGGCCAAUUGCAUCCAGACUUCCCGAUAUCGGGCCCGAAGUCAGUCCCGAUGUCGGGCCUGAUAAUCGUUUCACAGAAUAUCAACACAUCGUUAACAAUAUUUGAAAUGAAAAAAAAAAUGGUUCAUAAGCAAAAAUAUGAAACAUUGCACAUUUUUGACAAUUAGACAAAGUAUUUUUUACAUCAAAUAUUGUACAAGAUGUGCUGACAUUUUUGAUAAAACGGGAAAAUACUUUUGCUCGGGCUCGACGUGCCUGACAUCGGGCGAGCGAGUGUGGAUGUUAUUGGCCCUUUACCCUACCUUCCUACCUUACCAGGUAAAGUAAGGCUUACCUAUACGUUGCUCUCCCUACCUACCUACAUACACUAUUAAAAUUGUAAUUUCAAACUGGUUGCUAAUGGUCUUGUAAGAAGAUUAUAUUAUGAUUUAAAAUAAUGCUUAUUGAAUAUUUAUUACUCCAUAAUGCUUCAUAAUUACUGUGAAUCAAAUAGAAUUAAAGUGUGGUGGAAGAAACUGUUUAGUUUUUACAAAGACUGAUAAAUAAAAGUCAAUUAGAGUAUAAAUAACGAUAAGAAUGAUUAACGCGAAUUGCGAUAUGUCUAUAGUUUAAGUGAAAGUAAAUUAUUUGUACCACUUAUUUUGACCCAGUACUACGAAAACCAAAGGUAAAUAAAUUAAAUGUGUAAAA